AAGAGAGAUCUAAUUUUUGAAACCGACUGUACAGAUACGAAACCAAAGAUUUAGUUAAGUAGUGUAGUGUACAAAUGUGCGAGACACGAAGAUGCAGCGGCCUCUGAGCAACGUGAGCGUGCAGUCCUACCAGGACUAUCAGCCCAGCAGAAAAUAUGGGCCGCAGUAUGAGCCGGGCGGCUACGCGGCCGCCGUCCAGCAGCGCAGCAACAUGACUCAGCGGGAAGACGCGCUCAAAUUUGAGCAGGGCCGCAUCAAGGCCUUACAGGAAGAACGGUUACAUAUACAGAAGAAAACAUUCACAAAAUGGAUCAACUCGUUUUUACAAAAGGCCCGCAUGGAGGUGGAGGACCUGUUCACGGACCUGGCGGACGGCAGGAGACUCCUCAAGCUGCUAGAGAUCAUCAGCGGCGAGCGCCUCCCCCGCCCCAACUCGGGCCGCAUGAGGGUGCACAAGAUAGAGAACGUGAACAAGAGUCUCAGCUUCCUGCAUACUAAGGUGCGGUUGGAAUCGAUUGGUGCCGAAGACAUCGUGGACGGCAACCCGCGGCUCAUCCUCGGUUUAGUGUGGACCAUCAUCCUGCGCUUCCAGAUCCAGGAGAUCGAGAUUGAUGUCGACGAAGAAAAUGAAUCCUCCGAAAAGAAGUCAGCCAAGGACGCCCUGCUGCUGUGGUGCCAACGCAAGACCAGCGGAUACCAUGGUGUCCACAUCCACAACUUCUCAGACUCCUGGCGCUCCGGGCUCGGGUUCAACGCCCUCAUACACGCGCACAGGCCGGACCUGUUCCGCUGGGCGGACCUCCCAGUUCAGGACCACGUGGAGACCCUCAACCACGCCUUCGAUGUCGCGCACAAGAACCUCGGCAUCCCCAAGCUGCUUGACGCUGAGGAUGUGGACAUCAACCGUCCCGACGAGAAGUCGGUGAUGACGUACGUGGCCAGCUACUACCACACGUUUGCGCGCAUGAAGAAUGAGCAAAAGAGCGGCCGCCGGAUUGCCAACAUUAUCGGGCAACUGAUGGAUUGCGACGGUCGCAAGGCGGAGUACAGCCGCCUCGUCACCACGCUGCUCGAGUGGAUUCGGCUCAAAAUCGAAGAGUUGAAUGGUCGGGAGCUUCCCAACUCACUGGACGGCAUCCAGAGGUUGCUGCUGGCGUUUAAGCAGUACAGAACUGUGGAGAAACCCCCCAAAUACAAGGAGCGGUCCGAGAUUGAAGCCCUAUACUUCGACAUCAACACGAUGAACAAAAGUUUGGUGGGAGAGGCGUGGGCGCCGCUGGAGGGGCAGCUGCCGCAAGACCUGGAGCGCGCCUGGCAGCGCCUCGAGCAGGCGGAGCACGCGCGCGAGAUCGCGCUGCGCACGGAGCUGCUGCGACAACAGCGGCUCGAGCAGCUCAACUACAAGUUCAACACCAAGUCGGUGCUCCGCAAGGGCUACCUGAAGGAGAUGAUCCAAGUACUCUCGGACCCUCGCUACGGCUCCAACCUGGCGCAGGUGGACGCCACCGUCAAGAAACACGAGGCCAUCUCUGCAGAUAUCCUCGCCAGGACCGAACGCUUCGAGGACCUGUCCGCCAUGGCGGCCGAGCUGGUCCGCGAGAAGUACCACGGCGCGGACGCGGUGGCGCGCACCGAGCAGGCCGUGCUGGCGCGCUGGCAGGAGCUGCUGGCGCUGCUGGCGCGGCACAGGACCUCGCUGGCGGCUCUAGCGCGCCUCAUGUCGCUGCUGCGCGAGUGCGACACGGUGCGCGGCACGCUCUCCGACAUGCAGGCCGUAUUCCAAUCGGAAGAAGUGGGGCGGCACCUAGUGGACGUGGAGCGCCUGCUGCAGGCGCACGCGCUGCAGGAGCUGCAGCUGGGAGCGCUGCACGAGAGCCUGCGGCGGCUGGCGCGCCAGGGCGAGGGCGAGGGGCACAAGGAGCUGGCGGCGCGCCUGCAGGGGCUGCAGGACGGAUACGACAGUUUGUUAGCGGCCGCCAAAGACCGAAAAGCGAGAUUGGAAGACGCUAGAAACCUCUACCAGUUCCUGGAAGAUCACGACGAGGAAGAAGGCUGGGUGACAGACAAGCAGCGCAUCUGCCGCGCCGACGUGGCCGCUAAAGACCUCCGCGGCGUGCUCGCGCUGCGACAGAAACAUACCGCGUUGCUGACCGAGCUGCGGGCCAGGGACCACGUGUCGCAGCGGCAUCGCGCUAAGGGACAGAGCCUGAUCGACGCGAAGCACCCGAAGAGCGCCGAGAUCGAACGUCGGUUGGCAUCGCUCGCCCAGCAGUGGGCCACGUUGCGCGAGCUCGCCGACGCCAGGGAGAAGCAACUUGAAGAUGCUGCCGAAGCACAUCAGUUCUACGGCGACGCGAACGAGUCGGAAUCGUGGAUGAAGGAGAAGCGCCCCCUGGUGGCGAGCAGCGACUGCGGGCGCGACGCGCCGUCCGCCGCCGCGCUGCUCGCGCGACACCGCGCGCUGCACGACGAGAUCAGAGCCUACAGCGCCGAGCUGGACGCGCUCAGCGCUCACGCGGACCGGCUCGAGAGCGCUGGGAUACUCACUUUACAACUUCCAACAGAAGUGGAAGCAGCCCCAGCUCUUGAAGAAGAGGAAUGGGUGAACGAGUCCCGCCUCGUUCCGACAGAAGUAUGGGAAGAGGAAGAAGUGGAGCGGUUAGAACACCGCACCGUCACUGAGGAGCGCUCCGUGCCACAGGUGAAAGCGCUAUACGCGUUCACCGGGCAAGGCAUAUCGAUGGCGAAGGGCGAAGUGAUGUUCCUGAUCAACAAAACGAACCCGGACUGGUGGUCGGUGAGGAAGGCUGACCGCUCCGAUGGGUUCGUGCCCGCCAACUAUGUUAGAGAGAUUGAACCGAGAGUUGUACCGGUACAAGUACGGCGGCCAGAGAAGGUGCGCACAGUGCAGCGCGUGAAGAAGACGGUGCUCGUGAAGCAGGUGGUGCCGGUGCGGCGCGCGCGCGCGGACGCACGCGCGCGCACGCGGCCGCCGCGCGCGCCGCCCGCGCAGCCGCCGCGCGCCGUCAGUGCGAGGAUCGCCGAUAUCAAGCGGGACUAUGACGAGCUGCUAACCCUCUCAGCCGCGCGUCGCGCCCAACUCGAAGACGCGAUCAAGCUGUACAGCUUCUUCGCCGAGUGCGACGAUUUCGACAAAUGGAUCAAGGACAAGGAGAAAAUGCUGCGAGCUGAUGAUGGAGAAGAGAGCGUAGACACUGCCAAGAGGAAGUACGAGAAAUUCGUAACGGACCUCUCGGCCGCCUCCAAACGCCUGGAGCAGAUCGAGGCUGCGGCCGAGGAGCUGGUGGCCACCGCGCACGGGCAGGCCGGGAAGGCCACUGCCAGGAGGCAGCAGCUGAGACAGCAGUGGGAUAGACUGCUCAGGCUUAAACAGCAAAAGGAGAAGAGCCUUGAAGGCGCGUCCAGCGUGGAGCUGUUCAGCCGCACGUGCGACGAGGCGCUGGACUGGAUGGGGGAGAAGGAGCAGCAGCUGGCGGCCGGCGGGGCGCCCGCCGCCGACCUGCGCACCGUGCGCGCGCUGCAGCGCCGGCACGCGCAGCUAGAGCGGGAGCUUGAACCGCUGAGGGAGAAGGUGCACACUGUUAGCCUGCUCGCCGACGACGUGAAGUCCCAGUACCCGAGCGAGCGCGCCAACGUGGAAGCGAGACAGCGCGAGAUCCACGCCGUGUGGGAGCGGUGCCGCGCCGCCGCCGCCGAGCGCCGCGCGCGCCUCGAGAGCGCCGUCGGACACCAGAUCUUCGGCCGCAGUGCCGCCAUGCUGGACGACUGGAUACAGAAAGUGCACGAGCAACUGGCACAGGAAGCGACGGCUAAAGACGUCGCGACGGCGGAGCACCUGCUCAAGGAGCACCGCGAACUGGAAGACGAUAUCAAGGCUCAUGAUGACGAGUUCAAGGAAGUGAUAGGUCUGGGCCGCCAGUUGCUGGGCAACAACCCGUCGCUGGUCGACGUGGCCGACAAGAUCAAGCAUCUGGAGGCCGAGCAGAAAGCCGUUAACAAAGGUUGGGAAGACAAGGACGGCCGCCUCCGCGAGGUGGUGGAGCUGCAGGCCUUCAACCGCGAGGCCGACCAGAUCGACGCGUCCAGCGGCGCGCACGAGGCCUUCCUGGAGUACAGCCAGAGCGGAGCAUCAGUAGACGAAGCAUCAGCCUUACUGAAGCGACACGAGGAGCUUGAAGCGCGUUUAUCCGCGCAGGCCGAGCGGGUACAAGCGCUGCGUCAGCGCGCGGAUAAGCUGGUACAGCGACCGCACCAUGCCGCUCAGCACAUCGGUGCGCGCGUGGCGGGCGUGGCGGAGCGGCGCGGGGCGGUGCGCGCGGCGGCCGCGGGGAGGAGGAGGGCGCUGCUCGCCAACCUGGCGCACCAGCAGUUCUUGGCAUCAACGGAGGAGUUGCAGGCCUGGAUUCAAGACAAGACUCGAACUGCCAAGGAUCAAAGCUACAGGGACCUGGCUAACUUGGAGCGCAAACUCCAAAAACAUGAAGCGUUCGAAGCAGAACUGCAGGCGAACGAGAAACAACUCAGAAAUGUAGACAGCAUCGGCCAAUCCCUGCAGAAGUCGGACCCCGCCCGCGCCGCGGAGGUGGCUCAGCGGCUGGAGGCCGUUCAUACCGCCUGGGAGGCUCUAGUGGCCGCCUCGAGGGACAAGGGCGGCAAGCUGCGACAGGCUGCUCUGCAGAGCCAGCAUAGGAGAUCAGUGGAGGACGCGCGCGCGCGGCUGGUGGACCUGGAGCGCGCGCUACGCAGCGAGGAGACCGGCUCCGACCUGCGCAGCUGCAAACGGCUUCUGACGCAGCAUCAGACUUUGGAGCAAGAGCUAACAACCUGGGAACAAAAGGCGACCGUCCUAGCCAGCCAGGGGGCGGACUUAGUGUCCCUCGGUCAUUUCGACGCGCCGGCCAUCGAGCGCGAGUCCGCGGCGCUGCGCGACGCCGUGCGCGCGCUGCAGCCGCACGCGCAGACCAGGAGGGACAAGCUCACACAGAGCUUACAACUGCACAAGUUCGCCCUGGAGCUCGACGGCGAGCUGGACUGGCUGGCGGAGCGCUCCGGCGCCGCCGCCUCGGAAGCCGUGCCGGCCGACCUGCACGCCGCGCAGGCCGCGCAGAAGAAGCACGCUAAACUGCGCGACGAACUCAAGGGACGGAAGCAGAACAUUGAAAGGGUGCUGGCGCACGGGAAGGAGCAUCAUAACGACGAUGAGAAGAUCGCGUCCCUGUGCAAGAAGUUAGAAGACACGUACGCGGAAGUGUGCGCGGCGGCCGACGCGCGCGCCGCCCGGCUCGACUCGUCGCUGCGCGCGCAGCAGUUCCUGCACGACGCGCUCGAGGUCGACUCCUGGCUCGCUGAUAAGGCUGCCGCCCUGUCUUCUGCGGACGUCGGCAGAGACCGCCACCGUGCCACUCAGCUACUCACGAGACACAAGGCUGUGGAGUUAGAACUGGACACUUACGCCGCCAUCAUCUCGGAGAUGGGCCACUCGGCGGCGUCGAUGGCGGCGAGCGGGCAGACGCACGCGCAGCGCGCGGAGCUGGUGGCGCGGCACGGCGCGCUGCACGCCGCGCUGCAGCGCCUGCAGCGCCUCGCCGCGCAGAGGCAGCGCGCGCUGGUGGAGAGCGUGUGCAGACACGAGUACCUGGCGGAGAGCGCGGAGCUGGAGAGUUGGAUCCAGGAGCAGUUCGCGGCGGCCGCCAGCGAGGACUACGGGCAAGACUACGAGCAUUUACUGAUCCUGCGUUCCAAGUUCGAAGAGCUCCGGCACCGCGUGGAGUCCGGCGCCGAGCGGUUCAGCCAGUGCGAGGAGCUCGCCAAGAAGCUGCUCGCCUCCGAGAGCCCCUACAUCGCCGACAUCGAGCAGAGGCAGGAGGCGCUGGGCGAGUCCUGGCAGCGCCUGGUGGAGCAGAUCCGCUCGCGCGGCACGCGCCUGCACGCCGCCGGCGAGAUCCAUCGCUUCCACCGCGACGUCGCCGAACUGUUAGCUCGAGCUGCUGAUAAAAGAGCUCAGCUGUCUACCCCUGAGCCGCCGAGAGAUCUGCCGGCUGCUGCGGCGCUGCUCAGAGCACAUGAUGCUGCUGAGAAUGAUCUGUUAGCCAUUGAUGCCCAAGUACAGGUCCUUCAAGAAGAGGGUCUGCGUCUCCAACGCCUUUGUCCCGGCGGCAACGUGCAACAGAUCGCGUUGCAGCAACAAGCUCUCACCGACGCGUGGAACAUGUUGCGCGCUGCUGCAGACGCGCGCCGUGCAACACUGCAACAGUAUCUGUCGUUACAACAAUUUAGGCAGCAGGUCCGCGAUCUCGUGUCGUGGUCGGGGUCGCUGCGCUUGGGGCUGGCGCAGGCGCCGCGCGUGCGCGACGCGGUGUCGGCGCAGGCCGCGCGCGCCGAGCACGCCGCCGUGCGCGCCGAGCUGGACGCCAGGGACGACAGCUUCAGGGACGCGCUCAGGGCGGGCCAGCAGCUCGUGCGCCAGCAGCAUCCGACCUCGCAGGAGAUCGAGGAGCAAUGCGCAGCGCUAGUGGAAGAGCGCGCGAAGCUCCACGGCGCGUGGGCGGCGCGGCAGGUGGCGCUGGACCAGCUCAUCGACCUGCACUGCUUCCUGCGCGACGCCAAGCUGUUGCACGCGCACAGCGCCGCGCAAGAAGCCGCCCUCAGCACGGAUAUAUCUCCGACAUGCAGCGUGGAAGAAGUCGACAACAUUCUGAAGAAACACGAAGCCUUCGAAAAGUUGCUCGCUACACAGGACGAGAAGCUGACGACUCUGAACAGCCACGGAGACAAGUUGCUUCAGCAGAAUCAUGUUGAGAGCCAGAAGAUUGCCGACGAGCUGCGCGCCAUCAACGAGAGGAGGCAGAAGCUAUACGAAGCAGCGGCAGCGCGACACAAACUCUUGCUACGUACCCGUGCGCGCGCGCAGUUCGCGCGCGACGCGGCCGAAACGCGAGGCUGGCUCGCUGAUAAGCUGGCCAAACUACACAAUGAUCACCAGCAAGGUGAAGUAACCGACCUGGAAGACAAGAUCAAGAAACUGCAGAAGCACCAGGCCUUCACGGCCGAGCUGGCCGCCAACCGCGCGCGCCUCCAGGAGAUCCAGGCCUUAGCUGAGCAGCUGCGGCCUGAUGAGGAGGUGGAGAAACAGAUGGCGCAGCUUAAGGAAGAUUGGGGGAAGCUGGAGAAAGCUACCGAGGAGAGAGGGCGCGGUCUCGAGGAGGCGCAGGACAUCCUGGAGUUCAACCAGCAUCUGGACAAGAUCAAGGCUUGGAUCCGCGAUAAGGAGAUGAUGGUGCAAGCUCACGAGUUAGGACGCGACUACGAGCACUGCUCGGCGCUCGUCCGGAAACUGGACGACCUCGACUCAGACAUGAAAGUGGACGAACAACGCGUCAAGAGCACCUGCGCGCUCGCCGACCGGCUGCUGCGACAGGGGCCGACGCAGCAAGCAGCAGCAGUGGCGGCGCGGCGCGACUUGUUGCUGGAGAAGUGGCGCGCGCUCAGCGGCAACCUGCAGAAGUACCGCGACGCGCUCGCGGCCGCGCUCGAGAUACACGCAUUCAACAGGGACGUGGAAGACACCGCGGAGCGCAUCGCGAAGAAAGCAGCCCUCUUUAGCAGCAACGAGCGCGGACGCGACUUGGACGCUGCGCAGGAGUUGAAGCGGCGGCAUCUGGCCAGAGCGGCCGAGGCUGGCGCUGUGGGAGACAAGAUCAAGCAGCUGUGUGCAGAGGGAGCCACGCUGCAGAGAAAACAUCCAGAACGCGCCGAGGAGAUCGAGGGUCGGCUGUCGUCCCUCCGCGAGGACUGGGAGCGCCUGCAGCAGCUCGCCGCGACGCGCACCGCGCUACUUGACGACGCCAUCGCUGAACAUAAGUUCGACGAUAGCCUUAAGGAGCUGGAGGUGUGGGUGUCGGAGAGCGUGAAGCGCAUGCGCGGCGGCGCGGCGCCGGAGUCGGCGGCCGACGCGCGCGCCAUGCUCGACACGCACAACGAGAGGAAGACGGAGAUAGACAACCGCCAGAAGAGUAUAGCGGCACUGCAGCACGAGGAACAGAGCCCGGAGAAGCUGAAGAAGCUGACGGAGCUGGCGCAGACCCUCGACCAGGCCUGGCUGCAGCGGGAACAGCACCUCACACAGGCGCACCAGCUGCAGCUGCUUAAGGAGCAAGCGAGACAGACAGAAGACUGGCUCGCGGCCAAGGAGGCCUUCCUGAACAAUGAUGAUCUCGGCGAGAACCUAGACGCCGUGGAAACACUAAUCAGGAAGCACGCAGAGUUCGCCAAGUUACUGGACUCCGGCGUGGCUCGAGUGGAGGAACUGGAGACCUUCGCUCGCUCGUUAUUGGAGGGAGGGCACUACGACCAAGCUUACAUCGAGCGACGACUCGCGGCCAUCUUGGCGAGAAGAGACAAACUCAAGGAGUCGUGCCGCGCGCGUGGCGUGAUGCUGCAGCAGUCCAAGCAGCUGCUGGAGUUCCUGCGCGACCUGGAGCACGAGCAGGAGUGGAUCGCGCUCAAGAUGCAGACCGCCACAGACCACAACUACAGGGAACUGUCGAACCUGCAGAGCAAGAUUCAGAAGCACGCCGCCUUCGAGUCGGAGCUGGCCUCUAACAAGAAGCGUAUAGACGACGUCGCCAACCGCGGCGAGGAGCUCAUAGAGGCGAAGCACUACGCGUCGCAGGAGAUCACUACACACGUAGAAGAGUUGGAGAACCAGUGGAGAGAACUUCAGUCAGCUGUGAAACUCCGCCGUGAGCGGCUGCAGGAGGCGUACCAAGCCCGUGUAUACUUGCGUGGACUAGACGAUUUUACGGCGUGGCUAGAUGACGUCGAGUCGCAACUACUCAGCGAGGACCACGGCAAGGACCUAGCCUCAGUAACAGCCUUACUGAAGCGCCACACACGCCUGGAACAGCAGGUGGCCGGCAAGAGCGACGCGGCAACGCAACUCGCCGACAACGCGCGACAGCUCGCCGACAGUCGGCACUUCAUGGCGCAGGAGAUACUCGCCAAGGCCGACGAGGCAGUCAAGCGGUACCGGCAACUGCAGGAGCCCAUGCAGAUAAGACGAGAUAAUCUGGAAGAUGCUGCGUUACUGCACCGCUGGGACCGCGAUGCCGAUGAGGAGAUGAGAUGGAUGGUGGAGCGCGAGCCUCUAGCGGCGCUGCAGGACACCGGCUCGUCUCUCCAGGAGACGCAGGCGCUGCUCAAGAAACACCUGGCGCUGGAGGCCGAGCUGAUGGCACGAGAGCCGACAGUGCAGGGCGUGUGCGGGCGCGCGGUGGCGCUGGCGCGGCGCGGACACUUCGCCGGCGGAGCCCUGGAGGCGCGCGCGCGGGACCUGGGCGCCGCGCUCAAUGCUCUACAAGCAGCCGCCCGGGCCCGGGGGGCGAGGCUGCAGGCCAGGAAGGAUCUGCUGCAGCUGUCCGGCGAGAUGUCCGAGGCGGGGGCGCUGCUGGCGGCGCGGCGCGCGGCGCUGGAGGCGGCGGACUGCGGCCGCGACGAGGACUCGGCGCUCGCCAAGAGGACCCGGCUGCAGGCGCAGCAGAGGGAGCUCACGGCCGACCAGCCUAAUAUCGACGCGUUGCUGGCGAGGGCGAAAGCCGCGGCGGAACGCGACCCGGAAGACGCGGCAGAAGUAUCUAAACAGGCGGAGUCCCUCAAAGAAAUGUACGAGGAGAUGAAACUGCUGUCCGCCAAGCGGCAGCAGAGGCUGGAACAGAGUCUCAAGUACUUUAAGUUCGUGCAAGAAUGUGCCGAGGCGCAGGAGUGGAUCAGCGAGCAGAUGGGUGCCGCCGCCAGCGAGGACUACGGCCUCGACGUUGAACAUGUCGACACGUUACAACAGGCCUUCGAUAACUUCCUCGCGCAGCUGCACGCGAACGAGGGUCGCAUCGAGGCCGUGUGCGAGGCCGGCGCGGCUCUGCUGGAAGAGAACACGCCGGAGGCCGACCGAGUCCGGACGAGAGUGGACGAUGUUAAGGGCCUAUGGGAAGACCUCAGGGAACUGGCUCUGGCGCGACAAGAGGCGCUGGCGGGCGCGCGGCGCGUGCACGAGUUCGACCGCGCGGCCGACGAGACCGUGGCCUGGAUACUGGAGAAGGAGCCCGCGCUGCGCGCCGAGGCCGGCCGCAGUCUGCAGGCGUUGCGCGCGCAGCGCAGGCGGCUCACCGCGCUCCGGGACGACCUGCACGCCAUCCGGGACCGGCACGAGAAACUCAUUACAGAGGCUGAAGGAUUGGGUGAAGCCUUCCCCGACGCCCGCGAGCACGUCACAUCUAAACUAGAAGAUGUUUCCGAAGCGCUGGAGGCUCUAACUUCGCGCGCAGCCAGCUGCCAGCAGCAGCUGGAGCUGUCUGGACAGCUGCAGGCCUACUUCCAGCAGUACCAGGACCUGCUAGCGUGGACCAACGAAAUGAUCGCAGCAGUAACAGCCCCGGAGCUGGCGCACGACGUGCCCGGCGCCGAGCGGCUGCUGGCGCGACACAAGGAGCUGGGGGACGAGGUGCAGGCCAAGGACGACGCCUUCAACGCCCUCUAUGCCGAUGGCGAAAAACUAGUCCGCGAAGGCCACUUCAUGUCCGCCGACGUCGCCGAGCGCAUGGCGGCGUUGCGAGCUCGUCGCGCCCAACUUGAUGCGGCAUGGGCGGCGAGAGACACAAUAUACCAUCAGCAUUUGGACGCCUUAGUGUUCAGGAGAGACGCUGAUGCACUAGACAACUGGAUAACUAACAAGGUUCCUCUAGUCCGUGACGGAAAAGUGGGCGAGAGCGUGGCACAAGUGGAAGAGCUGCUGGCUCGCCACGCGGAGCUCGAACAAGCCAUACAUUCGCAGCAGGAUCGCGCGCAAGCCCUCACUAGGAUAACGCUGGUGGAGCAAGCCUUCAAGCAACAGCAAGAAUCAGAGCAAGCUGCUCGUGCUUCCACCGCGGCCGCGCACGCCGCCGAGCGCGCGCAGAGACAGCGCCAGCGCGAGGUCGAGCGCAUCGCCGAGCUCAGGAGGAGAGACACCGUGAGCACGGGGUCGACGGAGCCGGCGCCGACGGCGGCGUCCUCGGAGGAGACGCUGUCGCCGGCGCCGCAGUUCGAGCGCCUGCCGCGCGGCGAGCCCGUCAAGCGCGCAGAGAGCAUGAGCGUGAUGAAGACGCCGAAGCGCACGCCGUCGUUCACGACGCGGCGCCGCACGCAGAGCUUCCGGCGCCACCGCCGCGGCGACGUCGAGCUGCCCCCUGUCGAGAUCGAAGGCUACCUGGAGCGCAAGCAGGAGUCGGGAGUGGGCGGCAAGCGCGCCACCGUGCGCUCGUGGCGCUCCUACUACUGCGUGCUGUGCGGACAGCUGCUGUGCUUCUUCAGGGACGAGCUGGACUUCAGCGCCGCCAAGGCCGCCGCGCCGCCGCAGGCCAUCCUCAACGCUCGCUGCGACCCCGCCGGCGACUACACGAAGCGCGCGAACGUGUUCCGGCUGACGUGCGCGGACGGCGCCGAGUACCUGUUCGGCUGCCCAACCCCCGCGCUCAUGCAGGAGUGGGUGGCCAAGCUGUCAUUCCACGCCGCUCUCCCGCCGGAGCUGCAGCUGACGCCGUACGCGCCGCCGGACUCGCCCAAUGCCGAGCUCAAGAGGAGGCUGCAGAGGAGCGCGUCAUCGUCUUCGAACGAGUCUCCCGAGCCACAGCGGCGCGCGCGCACGCAGGCCGAGAUCUUGCAGGAACACCGCGACACCCAGGCCAAGCAGGCCAGCCAGGACCGCAGGAGUGGCGACACACAGGAGAGGAAUAUAGAAUCUUCAGUGUUGCCGUCCUUGCCACCGCGCAAGCAGCCGGGUGCCAGCCAGGAGGACGUCUCCGAUGUCGUUAUGAGGAACUCUGAUUCGUCGUCGUGGGGCCGCUCGCGGUUCUCCAACGGGCGCGACAUCAACUCCGAGUUCAUCAAGUCUCAGCGCGAUGUAGCCGAUGGCGCGCCGCCGCUGCCGCUGUCCGGGCCGCCGGAGCGCCCGCCCGCGCUGCCGGAGCGCCAACACGGCGCCACCGAGCGCCAACACGGCGCCACCGAGCGCCACGCGGGCGCUACCGAGCGCCAACACGGCGCCACCGAGCGCCAACACGGCGUCAGCGAGCGCCACGCGGGCGCCACCGAGCGCCAGCCGGUCUCCGCGCUGGUGAACAGCUACCAGCAGCGCGCCCGCGACCAGAACCGCAACCAGUGGGGCUACGAGAGGACCAACAACAACUGGGGCGUCGAGACGUCGCACUUCUACUCGGCGAGCGAGCUGGCGUACGGCGGCGCAGGCGCAGGCGCAGGCGCGGGCGCGGGCGCGGGCUCGUCGCGGCCCGCGUCCGUGGCGGGCGGCUCCCCCGCGCUAGAUCAGCGCCCGGCCUCCAGAUCAUCGGGGGAGUCCGAGCUGUCCGUCAGCGGAGUCUCCAAGGAGAAGAAGGACAAGAAGGGAGUCUUCGGCGGCCUCUUCAGCCGCAAGAAGCGCAGCAGUUACAUGUAGUCAACCAAUAUACCCCGUGUUUAUACAGGGUGGGCCCGAUAACUAAUUUAGAUUACUCUAAACUGAAAUAAUAAUAAAAAGAAAAAGUGACCAAGGCCUCCAGUGCCCCAGGCUGGAAUUGAACCAGCGUCCUCUGCUAUCGCGGCAGAUGCCUGUACCAUUCGGCCACCGGGCCACGGCGGCAUAGGUCGAAUUUUUCCAAGUAUGUACUUCUUAAAGGCUUUACCCUGACUACUUGGAGUUGAAAAAUUGUAAUGUGUAUUUUUUGCUUGUAUACGUAAAAAUUGAUUACUCUACGAGAUUUUUCUAAUUUACUUAAAUUAGGAAAUGAAAAACUCUAAAUCAUUAUAUUUAAUCAAUCGGAUGUGACUUUUCACUGUCGGUUGCCAAAUGUUAUUACCGUAGCGCGAACAGGUGCUGUGUACAAAAAGCUUGUAACGAAAUUUAAUUUAUUUCUUCCAGAAAAAAAACUCACUAACAACACCAAUGAUGACACAGUUUUACUCAUAAUAUCAUUAGCAAUGGAUGUUUGAACUAUUUUGGGUUAUUGGCGCUCACCAUGUAUUUUACAGAUAAUAAUAUAGCGAUACGAUUGGAGAAAAAAAAAGAAUUUGAAGACAAGUCGUAUAAUUACAAGUGCGUAAAAUAAAAAAUUCGCAACGAGUUGCGAUAAAUUAAUACACAACCGAAGGGAGUGUUUUAAAUCGACACGAGUUGCGAAUUACCUAUUCGCACAUGUAUCGUACAACGUUUUACAGUACAUAUGGCACUUUAAAUUUUCGACAUAGUUACGUAACGGGCUAAUUAUCGCACUAGUGCGGUAAAGUAGCACCAUAUGUACUGUAAAAACGUUUACGAUUUGGUGACAAUAAUAAACGUAACCUUAACUGACCAUUUAAAAUAAUUUUAAUUAGAUAUUUUCGCUUUUAACGCUAUGUUUUUGACACAAGUUUUUGUUCUCGAGGCUGGAUGCUUGCGCUAUAACCUACAGAUGUAGUGCAUUAUUGUUUUCCAUCGUAUUUUCUCGGAAACUUUCCUAUUCGUCAUGCUACUUCAUUCAUCCACAGUACUUUCGUCAUGCUACUUCAUUCAUCCACAGUACUUUCGUCAUGCUACUUCAUUCAUCCACAGUACUUUUUGUACCGAGACUGACUGAAAGAGCGAGACAUGUUCGUAUGUUUCCGUGAAAAUACGAUGAAAAACAAUUAUGUGCCACAUCUGUAUCUAUGUCGUUACUUUAUAAAAAAGUUUUGUUGACAAUGAAACGUUAAAUCGUGUAUAUAGUUUUUUGUUAAUUACUUAACGUCAAAAUCGUGCCUAUUUACAUAAUUAUUAUUGAGAUACCAUAUUUGGUAUCUUUUUACAUAUACAAAAAAUGCAGUAACAAAUUUGUGUUGCUGUUAUUAAAAAAAACUAACAUCAGGGACCAAAUAAAAAAAAAACAAGUUUUUAUUUGUCACAAAAUGGGACCAAUAUUUAUGUCGGUUUUAAAAAUGUAUUUCCAAGCAAUAAUCGACAAUAAUUUUAUUAAUAAGAUAUUAUUUCGUAUUUAAAUCACGUAAUAUGUAUGCAUAAUUUUUAGUGUUGCUAUACGAGCGGACAUGACCGGCCGACGCGGUCCGAACCAAACCAGAUCUGGUCUUUUUAAUCGCCUAUUAUUACAACAAGUAGUAUACUGAGUAUAUACAGCCAGUAUUUUUUUUUAUUAAAGACAUUAUCAAGAAUAUGAUUAGUCGUGUCGGUUCGCGUAGUAACACUUAGUAUUUAAGUUUUUAAAUGUACAUGAAAAAUCAUGACACCUGAGCGAAGAUAUAGUACUUAAUGGAAUAUUCCGAGCAAGUUUUGUACAUUGUGUACAACAUAUGUAACAUGCAUAUUAUGACUGUUUGUGUUCUAAAUAAAUUAAAAAAAGUUUAAAUAGGUAUUUGAAGUGAAACAUGAUAUAUACCCUUAGACCAAUUUAGAGGAACGAAAAAAAAAAAAGUAAUUAAACCUAUUUUUUGGUUUCUCUAAAUGUGUCCAUGAGUGUAUAUUAUCAAAGAGAAUAUUAUAGGAUAGGGGGUUAAUGUCAUAGUAAAUUUUGUAGUCACAGUAAAUUUACUGCCAUCUAUCGACACACGAUUAAAACUAAAAAUGAUCGUACAUAAUGUACAUAUGUAUGGAUGUAUGAUUUUGACCAUGUUCUUUCACUGAUAUGUGUUAAAAUUGUUAAAUAACAAACGAUACCGUCAACGCCAUCUAGCCGAGAAUAGGCCAAAGGUGUAGGCGCCAUCUAUCCGAAAAUCAUUCUUCAAAUUUUCUUGAUUUCCGAGGCACGUGUUUUCCUUAGACUGUAUUCAUCUUAUACGGAGUUACAUAGGUGUUUGAUAUUAUUAUACUUCGCUCAGGUGUUUCGCUUAGAUACCAUCGGCCACACUGUUAACUGAUCCCAAAACCUUAUUACAAAAGGCAUAAGUUCCACCGAUGGACAGUUACGAGUGUUGCCGUUUGUACUAUCAAUGCAUUUUCAUACAACAAUUUCAAUGCUAGCGUAACUUACCUUGUCGUCCAUACAUCACGCACAGGUAAUAAGAGAUACUAUGUACAGUCCAUCAGAUAUCGUAGCGGGGUAAAACCCGAUAAGUCGUGCAAGGUGUAAAACCCGAUGAGUCGUGCAAGGUGUAAAACCCGAUAAGUCGUGCAAAUGGGUUUUUGAAAUUAGAACUAUGUGUGACUUGCGUAGUUCUCAUUUAAGUGACAAAAUAUUGAGACUUAUCAGGUUUGACCGCCCUUAGUUUUUAUAUAUCUGAACUCGACUCUAUUGUCAAGGCUUUAGAGUUCAUAUUCGGAUAUUUUAAACUGUAUGUUGGAGCCUUGACGGCGUGCACUGAAUAACUAUGCGUGUUUCAACAAUACCCUACAAUCCUAUUUCCCCUUUCAUAUUAUAGAAAUGUUCGUUGAUUUUUACAAUUUUAUCGCUGUUAUUUUGACAAUGUAACGUUACGCGGUGUUGAAGUGUCGCGCAAUAUGUGCCAUUUUCAACCAAAAGGGUACUUAUCGCUUGUCAGUAAGGCGCUAUUUCCAUAUAGCUUCAAUUUGAAAUCAACCUUAUCGACAAGCGACAAUGUGGUACCUUUUGGUUGAAAACGUCACAUAUUGCGCAGUAAGUUUCAAAGAAAUCAGCUUAUAAUCUUAGAGAAGUAUGCUUGAGAGAAAGUAUGUUUGUACUAAAACCCCAUAAAGGUAUGAGUAUAGAUUUUUAUUCUACUGUUAAAAGUCCUCGUGUUGUUUACAUGUCUGAUUUAGAAUUCAAAUCAGAAUUAAUUAUUUAACCUGUAAACUAGUAGAUUUCUUAAUUUUUAGAGUUAUACUGUGUUUACACGUUCUGCGAUCCGAAUAUAAAACCAAUACUAUAUGAAAAUGCAUUCUUAUGAAUACUGGACGUUAAUAUUAAAACUCUGCUGUAUUUUUCUUAUGUUAUUACAUUUAAGCUUCUAGUUGUUAAUGUGAAAUAUAUUUUUAUGUAUUA